CAUCCAGCCCAUGCUUCACAAGUGGUGAAGAGAGUAAAAAAAAGGAGAAGUAUAUUAAUGGACGGAUAAUCAAUGUCCACAAGCCUGAAAAAUCUUAUAUUUGUAUAAAUAUACUACUUUGAAUAGUGUUAGUUUCAGCUCCAGCACAAGUACAUAUGAAAUAAAAGUGAGAGAGAGAGAGAGAAGUUAAACAAUGGAGAAAAGGGAAGCGAAGAGAAGGAUAGUGUUAGUUUCAGCUCCAGCACAAGGACAUGUAACUCCAAUGAUGCAACUCGGGAAAGCCCUUAACUUAAAGGGCUUCUUAAUUACAGUUGUUCAAGGAGAAAUCAAUCAAGUAAGCUCUUCUGCGCAACAAUCUUCUGGUUUUCAAUAUAUUACCAUACCAGAAAGCGUACCAGAGUCUGAAGUCAUGAGACUCGGACUAGUCAAGUUUCUGAUGAAGCUGAACAACGCCAGAGAGGCUAGCUUCAAGGACUGUAUAGGUCGAUUGCUGCUACAACAAGGCAAUGAUAUAGCAUGUAUCAUCUACGACGAGAUCACUUACUUCUGUGCAGCUGCAGCUAAGGAUUUUAACCUUCCAAGUAUCAUCUUCAGCACUACAACUGCUACACAUAGAGUUUGCUGCACUGUUUUAAGCAAACUCAAUGCCAAGAAGUUCUUGAUGGACAUGCAAGAUCCUCUAGUGCAAGACAAGGUGGUGGAAAAUUUGCAUCCAUUUAGAUACAAAGAUGUACCGAUUUCAGGAAUGGGGCCAUUAGAGCCAUAUAUUGAGUUCUGUAGAGAGAUAGUCAACAAAAGAACAGCUUCUGCUGUUAUCAUCAAUACUGCAAGCUGUCUAGAGAAUUCUUCUCUGUCAUGGCUGCAACAAGAACUCGGAAUUCCAGUGUACCCUUUAGGCCCUCUUCAUAUUACAGCUUCAGCAAAAUCUAGUUUACUUGAAGAGGACAAGAGCUGCAUUGAAUGGCUGGACAAGCAGAAACCGAAGUCAGUCAUAUACAUAAGCUUUGGAAGCCUAGCUCAGAUGGAAACCAAGGAAGUUUUGGAGAUGGCUCGAGGGUUGUGUGAUAGCAACCAACCUUUCUUAUGGGUCGCCCGACCGGACUCAGAAUGGAUAGAGUCAUUGCCAGAGGAAGUCAGUAAGAUGGUCUCAAAAAGGGGAUACAUUGUGAAAUGGGCACCUCAGAAAGAAGUACUUGCACAUCCUGCAUUGGGAGGCUUCUGGAGCCAUUGUGGAUGGAACUCAACGCUCGAGAGCAUUGUAGAAGGAGUCCCAAUGAUCUGCACGCCUUCUAGUGGCGAACAGAAGUUAAACGCAAAGUACAUAGAGAGUGUGUGGAGAAUUGGGAUUAAGAUGGAAGGUGAAAUGGAAAGAGGAGGAGUAGAGAGAGCUGUGAAGAGGUUAAUUGUGGAUGAAGAAGGUGCAGGCAUGAGGGAGAGAGCACAUGUCCUAAAAGAGAAGCUCAAAGCCUCUGUAAGAAGUGGAGGCUCCUCACACAAAGCAUUUGAUGAUCUCGUCAAGUACUUGAAGGCAGAGUGAAAAGUUGCACUUCAUGUAUUAUUAGAGAUCAUUCUCCAAUCAAGCUUGUUUAGAUCAUGAGUACUUGGUUUUUCUUAUCUAAAAAAAAAAAAAAGCAAUUUAAAUCAAAUAAGAGUAUCUCUUUUGGCCGUUU